GACACCACCUACUUUGAUCUUUAUCUUUAGAAAUUAUUGUUUGGCUCGUUUAAUUCAAGUUUCUGUCAGACCACAAUAUCAGUUGCUGCGAGACCCUAGCAAUGCGAAGGUUAACAUUUAAAGGAAAACACAAACAGAAUUUGGGACAGGGCACACUAGCCGUAAAUAUAUUCUUUAAAUUAGAAAUGCAGGAAAAACACCAGCUGCUCAAUUUAUUACUUCUCACUGUUUGGAGGGUCAGAUUCUGCUGGCAUUUUCGCUCCUGGAACCAGAUGCUACGUUUACUUAGACGCCAGCAACAAAAGCCAGUGACUUCUGGAAAUGAGCAAACGACAGUGUGCUCUGCUAUGGCUACCAAAGCCUGUCCUGCUCACAAGACUGCAUAAGGCAGGUGAAUAUUUAGACAUACGUUUUUAGGGACUGGAAGGGACUUGUUCAGGAGAAGAUCCAUGACUUCCACAAGGUCAGAACAUCUUGGGGGACAGCACCCACAGGCCCUCGCUUCAGUUAACUUGUUAAAGCCAGCGCACAAAGGUGCGCUUCAAAACCUCCACUUGUCCAGCAGGAAUAACGUUAGCUUCUUGCUUUUCACUUGAGAACUAGAUUUCCUUCCCCAAUGUUACGUUUCGAGCAGGGUAAUUUUUCCACAUCGCUUCUAGGAGUCAGGGAUCUCAUUAUGAAAUGCACCUAAGGAGUCAGUGGGAAAUCAGAUAGUCAAGUGCCGCUUUCUGCAGAUGAAAGACUGUUUCACGCCAUGCUCUCUGAUGGAAAGCUACAUAUGGAGCUCACAUUUUGCUUAUGUCAUUUCUCUUACAUUAUGUUCCCUUGCCUGCUGUACUCUGAGCAAGUUGGAGGAUCCUCUGUGAGAAAGGGAACUUAUUGGAAAAAUUCCCCAUUUCGAUGUUUUCCGAGAUGCUAAGCAGGAUCUGUUCAGCUUUCUGAAAUUAUCAUCUACAGUUCCAAAGCAGUUUGCUUGGAAAAAAAUUAGCAGUAGAGAAAAAGAAACUCCUUUUAUGUUUUUCUCUCCAUUUGUGUGGCAAAGGAUUGCGAACUACACCACCAGGACUCCUGACCUGACACUCCUGGAGAAAUGUUCCCCUGCAACGGGCUUUGCGUGCUGGUGGAGUGCUGUUUUGUGGUCAUUUCAACCACACUGUAGAGCCUGUUGUUUGAAUCAGGCCAGAUAGGACAAGGCAGGCACAGCAGGUGGAAAUCUCUGCCAGCCCCCUGCCGAAUCACCAAAUCUCCAUCAAGCUGCACACCUCUCCUGACUGCCCCCAGUGCUGAAAGCGCAGUAACAACCAACACCGCAGCUCGGGCUGGUGUGGCGCGCAGAGCGACAAAAGAAACAAGAAUUUCAAGGCCCAAGCUGAAACGAGCAGGGAGAGAAACCGAAGGAAGAAGAGCUGCCCACCAAGCAGAGGGUGAACUAACAACUCUGCAGCUCCUGGCAGGGGUCACUUGCCACCGUCUGCUCAACUGAGUGGGGCCAGGUCACUUCCAGCUUCAUCCUACGAGCUUCUGUUUGGACAGUUUGUAGAAUUGUAGCCUUUAUUUGAAAAACAUUGCUUAGUUACUCAGGCAAUCCAUUUGCUUCUAGUAUCAAAAAGCUGCCUCCAGACUAGAAAAAAUAAUUUCAUCCCUGGAAGUUUUCACAUACAAGGAUGUAUCUUAAAAGAUUAAGUCAUGUCCAUAAUGACUAGCUCACAUGCAGGAGAAAAGGUGGAAGUCUGAACCAGGCCCUCCUAAAUCAAAUGAAAGACUCCUGCUGGUUUCAAGAGGAAUCACAGAUCAGUCCUUCCCAGAUGAGGAGAUCAGGUCUUCCUAAUGAGUCUUGACAGCCCCACAGGCUCUGUCGAUUACUAUAUAUAGCCAGCGAUGCUUACACAACAUAGGUAGGACAGGCAGGCAUGAAGCAUGUACAGAAGAUUAACACCAAGUCCCUAAGGUAGAAACAUCACAGUACGAGUCAUUAUCAACAGCAGGGAGAGGGACUGUGCUUGUCAAACGAUGUACAGCAAUCGGAAUGCACCACCAGACACAGGAUUUACAGUGAUAUUUUUCUGGAAACUAUCACCAUGCAGAUCUUGGUGCACAAGCUUAUGAGUUUGUCUUGGGCAACUUCUAUAUUCUGACACUGGAAAUAACCGGCGAAGGCAACUCGUGAGCACCUGGAGGUAUAGACUGAGCCUGCAGAUGUCCCCAGAAUGUAUCGCUUCAUUCCUUGAAAACAAUCACAUUUUAAAGGCCAGAUGUCUGAACCUCUACACCUCUCACUUUCAGACUCACUGCACAUAGCAAUUUUGGCUUCCAUACUUUCUUUUAUCAUUUACUGGCUCAUCAGAGACAGUCACAGAGUGAGAAACCCGAGUGGAAAGCACAUCUUCAUAACAGACUGUGACACCAGACUUGGAAAGUCACUGGCUAAAUGGCUUGACAAAAGAGGAUUUUGUGUCAUUGCUGCAUGUGCCACAGAAAAAGGAGGCCAAGAGCUACAGUCGUGCUCUUCACUCUCGCUGAAGACAGUGAACCUGAACUUAGCUGACUCCAACAGCAUUGCCAGAGUUGUGGCAUUUGUGACCAAAGAGACAGCUGGCAAGGGGCUUUUUGGCUUGGUGAGCAAUGCUGAAGGACCAGCACCUGUAGCGCCCACUGACUGGCUGAGGAUUGAAGACUUCCACUCAGUGCUGGAUGUUAGUCUGCUGGGAUUGAUUGAAAUCACACUCAAGCUUCUGCCACUUCUGAAAAAAGCUGAGGGAAGAUUAGUCAAUCUAAUUAAUGCCAAAGGUCUCAUGGCUUUUGUAGGGGGUGGCUCCAGCCUCUCCAAAUGGGGCAUGGAAGCUUUCUCUGACAUCUUACGAAUAGAGAUGCAGCAUUUUGGAGUGAAAGUAAGCAUUGUUGAGCAUGGUUUCUUUAAGGCAGGAGUAGUUAAUUCAGAUGUCAUCGAGAGAGACCUCUUAAGACUUUGGAACAGACUGACUCCUGAGAUCAGGGAUUCAUAUGGGGAAAAAUACUUUCUUGAAUAUAUAAAAGCUCAAAGAUCAUCAGUGAAAAGACUGUGUGACUCCGAUAUUUCUAAGGUCAUAAAAUGCAUGGAACAUGCCCUGGUAGCAAAGUACCCCAGGAGACGAUACAGAGCUGGGUGGGAUGCAAAGUUCUUUUGGUUGUUUCUCUCCUAUGCCCCAAGCUGUUUAUCUGACAUGCUGCUGUGUAUGAUGUUUCCAGCUCCAGCAGCUAGUGGGAGAUCAGCUCCUGGAGUUCUAAUUGACAUUUAGUAUUAAGCAGUAUCAGCUCUGCAGAAAUAAAUAUUAAUCCUGUCAAAACCAGAUGUCGUCUUCUUUACCAGUUACUAAACUGCUUAAAUUC